AAAUUUGAAAUUGAAAGGGCGCAAAUUGUUUGUUGGCCCAAAACAACCGUCGUCGACGAGAUUUCUAACAUCCUGCCAGUUAGCAAUCGAACAUCUGCUCCCUUGAAGCUAAAAAUAAAUCACAUCCCAACGAAGGAAGAAGGUGCAGACACUUAAAGACGAGGAUGGAAGGCAAUGAUCAUGAGACGCCACAAAAACUUAAAGGUCAUCGAUUUAUGAUGCACUAUCCACCGGCGGCGUCCGAUGAGUGCAACAAAGUGACGCCCAAAAAUAAACAAUUUAGGAAGUCAAUAAAUCCGAGGACACCGCAAGGGUUAAGCUAUUCGCUGGGCAAUUGCAACACCAUGAUGUCGUCAAAUAGCAGCAAUGGUUUGCAUUCCAUAUCAAUGGCUGUAAUACAGACGCCGCCAGCAAAGAGACACCAAAAAAUAAAAAAUCCCUUUGAAGCGGCGUGGGCCGAAAGGCUACAUAUGCCAUUGAUAGCAAGUCCAUCGUUAUUUCAACGCCCAGACACCCCGCAAAUGAGUUCUACACAGUGUGAAUGGACAAUAGAAGAGGUGUCAAGUUUAAUGCCAGCAAAUGUGGAGCCCCAUGAGACUCAGUUCAACGAUUCACCUGAUCCUGAGUUGGAGGCCAAAGCCCAAAUGGCAAUUAGUUCCUAUUUUAAAGAUAAUCAAAUUGUGCCAAGUCCGGUAGAUUGUCCAUUGCGUAGCCAACGUAUUGUGUUGCAUGACGUUAGUGGCAAUACACCCAUAUCCAAACCAGGCCGUAGAAUACGUGAUUGUGCAUCACAAACUGAAUUGACAUUGCCGCCCAUAUUGCCACCAGCUCUGGAAGAGGUCUUAAAGCCAUAUUUCCAACCCCAUUUGGCAGGAGCAAAUAUAGAACUGAAAAAGUCCCGUUAUGCCCAACGUUCAUUAAGUUCCAGCAUAGACGCCAAGGACACCUCAUUGAGGCGUAAGCUAUUCGAUAUUCACAAUGUUCUAAUAUGGGAAAAUGAACAACAAUUGAUGGCAAAAAAUAACACAUCUUCGGCGGCAGCAAGCAGUGGUGGCCAAUCAAAUUCUAGUCCCCACUCUUUGCAAUCUCUGCAACAUACUGCUAUAGUGGGGAAAUUAUCCGAUUCUCUGGACAAGAGCUCCUUUGGCUCACUCUCACCCAUAUCGGCCUCAGAUGAUCUAUCACCUUCGCUGCCAGAUAAGGGUAGUGCCACAAAACGUAAAUCACGUUUCAAUAACUUCCGUUCAGAAAUUGAGGAGCUAGAACAGUUAUCACCCAUACAUCCACCGGUCAGAAGGAAACCCAUUGAGAAGUUGUAUCGUUCACAGAAUAUGGGAAAUCAAAGCAAUGACAUUACAAACAAUACCAGUCAAGAUACAGACAAUGGAAAGUUCACUCCAGAAAGAUCAUCUUCGCCCUUGUCAAUGAUAACGAAUAACAUUGGAGAGUUUUCGUCGGAUAGUUUUAAUAUAAAAGUUAGUCGUUUAAGAGUCAAUUCAUCGAAGUGUUCAAACAAAUCGAAUAAAGAAAGACUGACUAGAGUGACGGGCUCUAAAAAUUCGAGUAACAUCCUGCAGGAGGUGGAUGUUUUUAUGAGUCAUGAGGAAACGUGCGAGGAGUUACUUGAAUAUACUGGCAUUGAUGUGGAAGAUAUGCAAAUAUCUCAGGUUUCGGCCCAUAGUUCUACAUGUAGUUCUUCACAAUCGGAUACACCGAGAGGUAAAAGACGUUCGGCAAGUCGUAAAAAUUUGUCACAAUCUUUUUCGGCGAAUUGGUUAAACGACGAAGGAGACGAAAAUGAGGACCCUAAAAGAGAUGAGCAGAAAUUAAAUCGUAUUUGCCAAGAUUUAAAAAAGAAGAACCUAAAUCCUGCAGCAUUGCAACCAACAAGUUCCUCAUCCUUUGGUGGUGUGGUACAUCACACACCUAUAAAUAGUUCACCCAAAAAUCAUUGACAUUUUAUCGCACCGACAGUGGUUUUAAUGAAAUGUCACAAAUUCCUCAGAAUCACAAGAUGGUCCAGGCUUGUCACAACAGCAGACUUCAAUGGCGCUAGCUGCGACGGACGGAGAACCAAUGAUGGUGCAUUGCUGUUCAACACCUUCUACGAAACAGGAUAAGUUUGAACUUAUGAUUUGAUAAAACAGUGAUGUUAUUCGAUGAAUUUAAAUUAAAAAUUGCACAGUCUUUAAAACGUUAUAGGUGUCGAUUGAUCAUCCUUCUAUCCGAAUUGGCGAUGGAGACAGAUUUUUUGUUGCAGCAACAAGAAAACAUUUAUUAAGCUUAAACUAGUGUUGGUAGAUGGUAAAGCAUAUCAAUGCAGUUGGAAAAUUUAAAUUAUAAAUGUCGUUAUUCAAUCAAAUUCAUCUGAAACUUAGGUAUGUGAAAGGAGAACAUUAUUUGCAAUAUUUAAACAAAGGCCUUAUGCUUAAAUUGUAGUUAAUUUUAGGAGAAGAUUAAACAAAUUACCCACCCACCUACUUUUAUGGAGAUUUAUUAAAUAGUUACUAUUGAAGACUCGAAAUAUGUUUAUAAGUUUCACAAGUAAUUGUAUAAAAGAUUUUUGUUUUUAACCAACAAGAUAUCAAGCUAUUCAUAUAUUUGUAUGUAUUUUAAAAAUCUUAUAUUUAUUCAAGUAUCCUUCACAAAUACAUUUGAACAUUUAGACAAAUCUAACAAAAUAAGGUCAGUCAAUUGUCUUGAGAAAUAAAUUCGCCGAUUCUACUGUCAUUUUUUUAGCAUGCAAAACAAUACAGCAAUCUUUCAAAUCCUAGGAAACUUAUCAAAAAAUGUCUUAGUCCCAGCUUACAUUGAAUUGAUUUGAAAAAAUUUAAAGUUUAUAUGUAAUAAAAGUAGACAAAUGGUUUCUAUUUCCAUGAUCUGGCCGAAUUUGAACAAUUCAGAACAUAAAUUCAUACAUAAAUAAAAAAAUCACUUAUAUUUUGUUGAAGGAUAUAUUGUAUGGUCGGCUAGUGGCUGAUUUUUUUUUUUAUUAUUUUUUCCUUUUUAUAAAAUUCUAGUCUAGCUUAUCCAACCUAAAAAAAGACUUUUUGUAACAUCAUGGCCAAUAAGUAAUUUAAUAGGAAACGCAUUAAAUAUAGUACUUUUUUAAUUUUCUCAUUUAAGUUUUUAUUGUAAAACAGAGACUUGAACAAAUGCUUCAUUAGAGGCAAAACUACUUGUUUAUAUUUAUGAAAAUUUAUUUUUUUUAAGUUUACAUUAAAUAUUUGUUGAAAUACAGUAUGACUAUUUUAUUUUUUAAUAAUUGCUUAAGGCUAGAUUACAAGCGAUGUUGGAGUCAUAUGUAAAGUGAAAUUUUCCACAAUUACCUGCAUAAUUUUUAAAGCAUACUCCCCACAAGUUUUCAUUUAAAAAGAAACGCGUAAAAGUAUGUAAAAAAUUACCAUAAAUAUGCUACAAAAUAAAUAAAAUUCAAGUGUAUUAAUAUUAUACAGUUUAUGUAUCAUAGCGUUACUUUUAAGAUUAAAAAUGUUGGGAAUUUCUUAAUGUAUGUUUUGAAAUGUCACUUUACACAUGUGUAAUCUGGUCGUUAGAGCCUGUUUCUGGUUGUCUAUACCAUAGUAAAUGCGAUGGGAAAGCACCAUUUCAAAUGUCUAAUAUAAUAUUUAAUUUAACUCUAAAAAUACAAACAUUUCAAAAAAUA